AUGGCACUAGAGGGAGGUGACGUAACCAGCCCACUUGUACAACACAUCUCUGUACAGUUCUACACGUUAACCGGAGCUAUCUCUGAUCAAAGUACUAACACAUGGAGAAGAGAGACUAAUAAAGAACUGCUUACAGAACUUGGUCAAUCAAUAUUCCAUGAUAUGAAGGCACAGAGGUUAAGAUGGGCAAGCCAUGUAGCUCGUAGUAAUUCAUCUGGAAGCCUCUACGUAACAAUGAAUGCCUCAAUAGAAGGCAAAAGACGAUGUGGAAGCAUGUAG